AUGCGUGGUGUAACAUUCAACACUUGGUCGGAAACUCAAUAUGCAAUGAAAUAUAAACUUAAAAUGGGAAGCGUAAAGACGUCUUUCGCAAUGCAACUUAUUCAGAUCUUCCUUUUCUUAAUACUGUCCUGGGUUUUGAAGAAAUUGAGGCCGGGAAAGUAUGGUGUGGAAUUACCGUGGAAUUUUCUUUUUCAAAACAAAUAUUGGACAAGCAGUGCUUAUAUUACGAAGAGUAAUAUUUAUAGCAAGAAAAGUAACGACCCGUCCUAUAAAAAAUAUUUUGUAGACUCUCUAGAAGAUUUAGAAGUGGCAGUAACAGUUAUUAAUGUGCAAAAGAUUUUCAAGAUUGCCCGCACCAAUAUCAUUGAUUUAGACAAAGUGUCUUUAAAUUUUUAUAAAAACGAGAUCACAGUACUUAUUGGACACAAUGGAGCAGGAAAAACAACGCUUUUGUCUAUUAUUGCAGGAAUGUUAAAGCAAUCUUCUGGCAACGUUUACGUCGAAGGUUUUGACACAGUUUUACAGCAGGCAAAUCUAAAAAGAAGGAUUGGACUGUGCCCUCAACAUAACAUCUUUAUAAAUGAUUUCACAGUACAAGAACAUUUGAUGUUCUUCUCUAUGAUCAAUGGUAAGAAUUUCGAAAAAGCAAAAAAAUCAUCUCAAAAACUAAUGAAUCAGCUGAACUUAUUUAGUAAAGCAUCAUGGAUUACAUCUAAAUUGCCUGAAGCCAUGUUGCGGCGGUUGCAAAUUGGCUGCGCGCUUUGCGGGAAUGCAAGUGUACUGCUGCUGGACGAACCUACAUCUGGGCUGGAUGUGGAAUCCCGAAGAGAAAUCUGGGAUAUACUGCUCAUCCUUCGUGGUAAACGAACCGUGAUCAUGACUACACAACUCUUAGAGGAGGCUGAUAUCUUGGGUGAUCGCAUUAUUGCUUUACACGCUGGCAAGCUGCGCUGCAAUGCCUCACCGUCACAAUUGAAGAAUGCUUUUGGCGUUGGUUACAGAGUGCCCAUCACAACAGUUCACCGGCCGGAUGUGACUAAGAUAACGGCAACGAUACGAAAAAUAGCACCCGCCGCCAUUUUGAAGGACAAAACCUUGCGAACAUUGGUUUAUUAUAUACCGCGCGAUGCAGACAUGGCGGGAAUAUUUAACACACUUGAAUAUAACAGAACGUCUUUAGACAUAGAAUCUAUGGGAUUCGGUAGCACAUCACUCGAAGAAGUGUUUAUGGAGUACGCUUUAAAUAUUUCUUUCAAUUAG